GACUACGCUCCGCCAACUACAGAAACGGGUGUGGAAAGCAGUUCGUUUGGAGUUAAACAACCAUCGGAAAGGGGUCUGAAAAGACUUUCAGAACACAGCAAGGCAAUUAAAGGAGCGCAGUGUCAUUCUCCUAACCGAAUUGUCCAGGUAACCUCAAAAUUCUCCGGACAUCAUACAUCUUUGUUUAUAAAUCUGCAGAUAGGUGGAAACUAUCCGAUCAACAUGUUUAAUUCACUCCAUGCGGGUUGGGAGGACAGGGAAGCCACGAUGGUGAAUCUGAAAAACGUAUCUCCUCCAAGUGAAGGAAUACGGUACAAUCAAGGUGAAAUCACCGCUGUUUGGAAUGGCGAAGGGCUUGGACCAGGAACUCUGUACAUUGCAGAAACAUGUGUAUCAUGGUUCGAUGGGUCUGGAAUGGGGUUUAAUUUGAAAUACCCGUCAAUCAGUCUCCAUGCAAUCUCACGCGAUUUUACCGCGUACCCAGGAGAGCACCUGUACGUCAUGGUCAACACCAAUCUCAACGGUGAACUGGUAACUGAGAAGUGUGCGGAGGAAGAGGAUAAUGAGAGUACUGAUGAUGACUGCGACGCUGAUUCCAUAAGUCCUGUUACAGAGAUCCGUUUUGUGCCCAGUGAUAAGGCUACCUUGGAGCCCAUGUUCUCAGCCAUCUCUGAAUGCCAGGCCCUGCACCCUGACCCUGAAGACUCCGACUCUGACUUUGAGGGAGAUGAGUACGACGUUGAAGAAGCUGAACAGGGUCAGAUAGACCUGCCCACAUUUCACAACUUUGAGGAGGGUCUGUCCCAGCUCACCCUGGAGGGCCAGGCCACCCUGGAAAGACUGGAGGGGAUGCUGGCCGACUCUGCAUCCCAGAAACACCACUGCAUGGCCGGGGUAAGGCCCGAGGACACCCCAACGGGAUGCUGCAAUGAGUCUGGUGCAGUAGGGGUCUCAGGACAGUUUGAAGACGCCAACGUUGAUCAUUGAUGGAACAGAGAGGCCCUUGUUUGCACCCUCCUGACCGAAAGCUUUUUGAAAACGGGGGCAUUAGGGUGGAAUCGCAGUGUGGAGGGGCCUAAAGGUCUGAUUGCGUAACACAGAUGCAGGCAGUGCCAAGGCACUGGGUCUCUGAAUGAGUACAGAUAAAUAAUUUUAAGUCUCACAAGGCUAAUCUCUACUGGCAGGUCACGAUAGGCCUCAAGUCUGAAGGACUAAAGCAAAUAACAACUGUCACUUUUUUGAAGUGUUUUCAUUUUUGUUACUGACAGAAAAGACCAGCCAGCAGAUUUAUUUUGAGCUUUUGUAUGUUCAAAUAAUAAAACUUGGUUUUGUAUAAAGCUG